AUGCCGACGACGCGCGGCGCCAAGCGCGCGUUCGCCGUCUUCGCCUGCGCGCGCCCGCGUCGCGGCGACGACGACGACGACGACGCGGACGGCGUCGACGCGUCGGCGCGGCGGUUGACGCGAUUGUUGACGAAGAAAUCGGGCGAACGCGUCGUCGUCGUGCGCGCGGACGCGCGCGCGGCGUGGCGACGGGCGGGAACGGGCGUGCGCGCGGCGAAACGAUUGGCGGCGACGAGCGAGACGAGCGCGCGCGUCGCGCGGGCGCUCAGGGAGCGCAUCGAACUCGAGCUGGAGGGUGAAUCCGCGCGCGAGGCGCGCGAGCGAGCGGGAAUACAGACGCUGGACGGACGAUUGGGGCGACUCGGGAUGCGUCGCAUCGCGAUGGUUGGGGACGGGAAUUGUCAAUUUCGCGCGCUGAGUCACAACCUGUUCAAGAGUCAAGAGCGGCACGCCGAGGUGCGCGCCGCGGUCGUUCGCGACGUCGAGGCGCGUCGCGAAGAAUUUGAGAUAUAUUUCGAGUCCUCGCGAGAGUUUGAAAAAUGGUUGAGGGAGAUGAAGCGGGAUCGAACGUGGGGGGACGAGCUGACGCUUCGCGCCGCGUGCGAUUCGUUCGGAGUAAAGAUACACGUGAUUCAGUCGACCGAAAAGGGCUGGAAUUUGAUGUACGAACCGUUCGAGGUCAAGUCGAAGCGCGUGGCGUUCAUCAGCUACGUCUCUCCCGUGCACUACGACGCGAUUGCUGAGAGGUGA